AACUUUGGACUUGAGCACUUGCCGCCCGUUUGCUCUUAUUUUCAUUGAUAAGCGUACACGUUUACUGUAAUCCGGCAUAUUUUUGUUAGUCUGCGCGCUUGUUUCAUCCAUUUCAGUUCGCCCAACUUAAUUUGUUGCAAUGUCUUCCAUGAUUAAAGGUGUUUUUAUUGUCGGCGCUAAGCGUACGCCAUUCGGCACGUUCGGCGGCAAGUUCACCAAGACUUCAGCAUGCGAAUUGCAAGUCACUGCCGCCAAGGCUGCCAUGGCAGAGGCAAAGAUCAAACCAGAGCAAGUUGACACAGUGACUGUGGGAAAUGUCUUAUCUUCAUCAACUGCUGAUGGAAACUUUUUGGCUAGACAUGCCCUCUUGAAAUCAGGCAUUCCAAUGGAGAAACCCGCGUUGCAGAUCAACCGUCUGUGCGGUUCCGGUUUCCAAGCGGUGGUUAACAGUGCGCUGGACAUUCAAACCGGCGCCGCACAAAUCUCCCUCGCUGGUGGCGCGGAUAACAUGUCGCAAUGUCCUUAUACUGUUAGAAAUAUUCGUUUUGGCAGCCCGCUUGGAGUGAGUCCCGUUUUAGAGGACUCUCUCUGGCUAGGUUUAACUGACAGCUAUUGCAAACUACCAAUGGCGCUCACCGCUGAGAAAUUAGGCGAGAAAUGCAAGAUUACACGAGAUGAAGUUGAUGCAUUCUCGCUAAAAUCUCAAACAGCAUGGAAGGCAGCCCAUGAUGCCGGCGUAUUUAAGACUGAACUUGCUCCAGUUGACGUUAAAUUCAAGGGUAAGAUGGUACCUGUUGAGUUUGAUGAACAUCCCAGGCCACAAACCACGUUGGAAGGCCUUAAGAAGCUUCCAACUUUGUUCAAAGAAAAUGGUUUGGUUACUGCUGGAUCCGCUUCGGGAAUUAGUGAUGGCGCUGGUGCUUUAAUCUUAGCCAGUGAAGAAGCUGUCAAAUCAAACGGCCUUACUCCACUUGCCCGCAUUGUAGCUUACUCCACCGUCGGCGUGGAACCUUCAAUCAUGGGCAUUGGUCCAGUGACAGCCAUCCAAAACUGUCUCAAAGCCGCUGGCAAAACAAUCGACGACAUGGACCUGAUUGAAAUCAACGAGGCGUUCGCUGCGCAAGCGUUGUCCUGCGCCAAGGAACUCAAACUGGACAUGAAUAAAUUGAACGUGAACGGAGGUGCUAUUGCUCUGGGUCAUCCACUUGCUGCUUCCGGCGCGCGUAUCACCACCCACCUUGUGCACGAACUGCGCCGCAAGAAGUUGAAGUUCGGUGUUGGCUCCGCGUGCAUUGGCGGUGGUCAAGGCAUCGCCAUCUUGGUCGAAGCCAUGUAAACAUUUUAAAAUCUACGUCAUUUUUAUGUUAUUUUAAACUACGUAUUUUCUAUGAUUAUGCUUAUAUUAUUUUAAUAAGAUAUAAAAUAUAUCAAUUUAUAUAUUAA